AUGGCUCUGUACUGUCGCUUUGUGCUCCUGCUGCUUUACGGAUGGACUUAUCUGUGCGGUGGAUACUGCGCGAUGCUGAAGACUGACUCUGUGCCCGAGAGGAGGAAGAUGGAUUUUACGCAUUCGGAGGAUAACAACAAGCAUCAGGCUCAGCAGGAGGAGCAGGAUCUGCUUUUACAGGAUACUAUGACGGAACACAUGCAGAUGCUUUACGCCAAGUACAACCGGGCUGGAUUUCCCUUCAAGGACGGAAACACGGUCCGCAGCUUCAAAGCGCACUGGGGGACCAUAAACAAGAAGCAGCUGCAGAUCUUCAACCUCACGUCCCUCACGAGGAGCGAAGACGUCCUGUCGGCGACUCUUCACUACUACAUCGGAGACCUUCAGAACGGAACCCACGGCUGCUCCAGGACCAGGAGCUGCGGGCGCCACGGGCCCCGGAGACACAGCCACGUCCACAUGGUCGUGUGGAGCUUCGCCUCCGUGGACAACCACAUGAGGACGCUGGGACAGUUCCGGAUCAACGUGUCCACCCUCUACCGGGACUUCAUAUCCUGGCAGUGGAAGGACAUCACGCGUGUGGUGAACCAGGCCAAGCAUCACGACCAGCUGCUCAUCGGCAUCGACGUGGCGUCCCAGGGGCCCCGGCCCUGGAAGCAGCUCCUGUCCGACCGCUCGCCCUACAUCCUGGUCUACGCCAACGACUCGGCCAUCUCAGAGCCCGAGACGGUGGUCGCCACCCUGCAGAGACACCACACAGUCGGGGGGGAGGGCCCCAUCUCACCAGGGCCCAAUAAACUGGGCCUACGUGAGCGGAACCACACGGAACAAGCCGAGCAGCCGCGGCACAAGCGCUCGGUGAACGUUCUGCUGCCGCUGCAGAACAACGAGCUGCCGGGUCCCGAGUAUCCGUACGAGACGACCGGCUGGGACGAGACCAGUCCGUACGAACCCUUCGAGAACAAGCAGGCGCGCCGGCCACGCAAGAAGACGCGCAAGAACCAGCGGCACAAGAUGCCUCUGCUGCAGUUCGACGAGCAGACCAUCAAGAAGGCGCGGAAGAAGCAGUGGAACGAGCCCAGGAACUGCGCCCGCCGCUACCUGAAGGUGGACUUCGCCGACAUCGGAUGGAGCGAAUGGAUAAUAUCGCCAAAGUCGUUUGACGCCUACUACUGCUCCGGGUCCUGCCAGUUCCCCAUGCCCAAGGCUCUGAAGCCGUCGAACCACGCCACCAUCCAGAGCAUCGUGCGGGCGGUGGGCGUGGUCCCGGGGAUCCCGGAGCCGUGCUGCGUCCCGGAGAAGAUGUCCUCCCUCAGCAUCCUGUUCUUCGACGAGGACAAGAACGUGGUGCUGAAGGUCUACCCCAACAUGACCGUGGACUCCUGCGCCUGUAGAUAG